AUGGAUUCGCCACGAAGAAUAAAGCCACCAUCCACAAAGUCCGGUAAGCUCGGCGAAUUCUUCACGAAGCCCCCAUUAACAGGCAAAUACCUCUUAUUAACAGCAAUCCUGUCAGUCGUCGCCACAACCAAGCCCAACCACAAGCGUCAUAUCACUCCUUCCAUGACGAACAUUCAAGAGCCAAUUAUCCUCACCCUCACCGAAGAGAAUGUAAUAACGCCCAAAAACUGGAUACCAGUGCACACCUCUCCAGAUAACGAUCACAGGAUCUCCAAGAGGAACACGGCUAGACCGUACGCAACCAUCCAAAUCAAAGUCCAGCAGCUAUCUGCGCGCUCUCUCUGUCUUGCUGGGUUUAUUUAA